AUGAGUGAAUCAGGAUCUAAUGACAAAGUUCCUUCAAUGAGCAAUGAAUUGCCAGAUCCCAAAUACAAAGAAGAAAUCGCGUCAAUUAUUUUUGACUUGGAAAAUAAAGGCGUUGUUGAACUUUCUCAUCUUUUAAAGCGAUUAGAACAAAGGAUUUUGGCAAAAUUCCGGCCAGGAUAUUGCAUAAGAAGAUUUAAGGGCGAUUGGAUUUUUAGAAUUAAAAGAACAGCAACAAUGCUGAAAAUCAAGUUAAACAAAAAUGAAGACUAUUGGCCCAAAAUCGAAGAAAAGUUACUUGCCAUCGUUCCUGAUUCCGAAAAUUCUAUACCAAGUUCCGUGCUUAUUUCCUCUGAUCCAACUUCUUGGAAUCGGUCAGCCACAUCAACUUCUUCUUUUUCUUCAAAGUCAUCAAAAAUGUCAGCUGAAUCUACAAAGAAACUCUUGACAGCAGACCAAAAAUUAGGAAUAGAGCAUGUGUUUGGACAACUUGACAAGACGUUGUUCUGGAAAUUAAGCAACGGCGUAAUUGUUGAAGAAGUUAUGCAAAAGGCCCGUUUGAAUUGCAAUUUUGAGCAUCCAUGCCAUUCCUUUAUACUGGAAAUAGGCGAUCAUUUCUGGGAAACAUACUUUUCUAAUGAUGAAUUAAAAGAAAUAAAUGAGCAUGGAAUUCCAGCCUUUGAAGAGAUUAAUAAAGAUUCUGUUGAAUAUCUGGAUGAAUAUCUCAAGUUAAAUAAUAUCGAUGAAACAUAUGCCUAUGCUUUCUCCAAAAUGUAUAAUCCACGUCUACACAGUGAACGAUCCUGGAUCCAAAGAAGUGUAAUUCAAGCAGCCUGCAACUUUUUGUACAACAAAAACAUGGACAAGUUCAGCGAAGCUGAUAUGCUGGGGAAUGUUUGGAGCAUUUUUACAAGUGUUGUCGAAGGCUCUGACAUCAAUGCAAACAGUGGUGAAAAAAGCUGUGUAUCAAACGCCAGUGUAAAGAACAGUAAAAGAAGCUUAGACGCAAUCAGUCCGACAAUCAAGAGAAGAAUGGGUCGAAAAGUGGAUGUAAUCUUCUCCGAAGGUGAUAUUGAAUUGGGCUUGAUAGAAUUAGGAAAAAGCAAUGACCAGACAAAAAGCCUUUCCGACGGAAUGAAGCUGAUGAAGUUAAUGAAAGACACAUUGGUAGCAACUACGGAUCAACUUCCUGUCAUAACUCAUAAACUUCGGACGGUCGGGUUUCUUUUGGUGGGUACCAAAGCUACAAUGCUUUCUAUGGAUAUUCCUGCGGGUUAUGUUAGCCGAGUAAGAAAAAUGAAGCCAUUGUACUAUCCCACAAACGCUCGCCAGUUUACGAAUCGCCUUAUCCCCAUCCUAAAGUUAGCACUAAAAGCAAAAUCAACUAUGAUACAUACACGAAACCUAUACGACAACGUUACAAUCGAAGAAUCUCCUGAAGAGCCUAUUACAUCUGGUAAGCAGCCUGCUUGCUCCCAAAAUACAAUCUUUUCAGAAGACACCUACACCUUAUCAUCAUGCAUAUCAAUCUCAGAAAAAGUCAAGAAGCAAAAGUCAAAUUGA